AUGGACAAAAAUUUUGCUUGUGAUAAAUGUGAUCGAACCUUUGUCAAUAUAUCAAAUUUGAAUCGACAUAAAAAGUCAAUUCAUGAUAUUAUCCCUGACACUGGUUUUCAAUGUAUAAUUUGCGAUUAUUUUGUACGUGAUAACCACACAUAUAUUAAUCACUUACAUGAUGAACAUCAAAUCAGCAUUGAACAAAAAUCAACUGUUUGCGAAUCAUUUGAAGCGUUUCUCGAAUGGAAAAGACAAAUUGAGAAUGAAGAUUCAUCAAGUUUCAUAAGUUUAAGAGGCCCACGGAAGAAUCUGAACAUAGUGACUUAUUAUUAUGUUUGCAGUCGCAGUGGGAAGUAUGAGUCAAAAGCUCAGCAACGCCAAGGAAGAGUUCAAGGAAGUAAAAAAAUUGGUGGUAGAUGUUCAGCUUAUGUGACUGCAAAGAAAAAUAACGAUACUGGAAUCAUCGAAGUGAAUUAUUCGAUUACACAUGUCGGUCAUGGUCGUGAUUUGAAAUUCCUCAACUUACCUGAAAGAGAUAGAGAAGAGAUUGCAGCUGAGUUAGCUUCUCAAGUUCCAAAAUCUGUUGUUUUAGGUAAUGUGAGAGCUUCCCUUGAAUCUCGAUUACAAAGAAAACAUUUGAUAACUUCGAAAGAUCUUCAAAAUAUUGAAGCAUCUUACAAUUUACUUGGACAAGUUAAAAGAGCUUCAAAUGAUCUUUUGAGUGUUGAGAUGUGGAUGGAGCAAUUUAAAGACCUACCCGAUAAUCCAAUCUUGAUUUACGAGAAAGAUGACAAGCCAUUCAUGCUUGGAAUCAUGAAUGAAACUCAACAAUUUAUGUUUGAAAAAUAUGGUAAAAAUAUUUUGAGCAUUGAUUCUACACAUGGGACUAACGCAUAUAAAUUCCAAUUAACAACUUUACUAACAGUUGAUGAUAACAACAAUGGCUUCCCUGUUGCUUUCUUAUUUUCAGAAAGAAUCGACACUGAAACGUUCAAAUUGUUUUUUCAAAGAGUGCAAGAAGUAAUCGGUACCAUUCAUGUAAGAACUUUCAUGUCAGAUGAUUAUCCAGCAUACUAUAAUGCUUGGUGUUCGAUCAUGGAUAGACCCGAUAAUCGAUUGAUUUGUGCAUGGCAUGUUUUGCAUAGUUGGGAAAGAAAUUUCAAGAAAAUCACUGAUAAAGAAAAAAGAGAAAAUGUUAAGGAAAAGUUGACUUCUAUAAUGCGAAUAACUGAUAUCAACGAGUUUGAAAAUGAAUUUUCGCGUUACAUGGACUUUUUACAGACUGAUGCUUCAUCUAAGGCUUUUGGUGAAUAUUUACUGGAAUUUUAUGCUCCACGAAAAGAAAUGUGGGCUUACUGUUACCGUGCAGGUUUAGGCAUCAAUACAAAUAUGCAUUUAGAAAGUCUUCACAAGAAACUCAAAUAUCAAUUUUACAAUGGUAGACAGAUAAAACGUCUUGAUAUUGCAAUUACUGGACUCAUGAGUAUGCUUCUCGACUAUGAAUUCAAUCGAUUGAUCCGGAUUGAAAAGGGGACAAGGAGUAACCAUAGUUGGAAAAACAAGCAAAGGCAUAUAUCGGCAAUAUCGUCUGAUUUUCAAUUUGCUCAAAUGACUGCUUCAUCCUGGUCAAUUGUUAUACCUGAACAAGGUGAUUUGUACACAAUUUGUUCAGUGUUAGAUACAAACAAAUGUUGUUCAAACAACUGCACAAUUUGUGACAUAUGUUAUCACAAUUUCACUUGUACUUGUUCGGACUAUUGUGUUUCGACUAAUAUCUGCAAACACAUUCAUUACAUUGCAAUGAAGAUAUCUUCUGAAAGAAUAGAUCAUGGAGAGCUGAGUGUUGUUGCCAAUGACGAACACAGAGAUGAGGCUGAUGCUAUAAUGAAGUCAAUCGCAAGCAAAAGCUCAAAAGCAGGAGUCAAUAUAAACUUUAAAAAAAGAAGAUUGAUCGCAGCGUUUACAAACCUAGUGCAAAAUGCUAAAGAUGAAAAAGAAUUGGAUAUCAUUAAUAGAGCGAUCAAGCCAAUCCAGCCAUCUAUUCUUGCUUAUCGUAAAAAAACAAACCUUGCUUGUACUAAAAUCACAAAAGAGUUUAAAAUUUAUAUCCACUUAAUAUCCACUGGUGUGAAAAUACCUGCUAAUUUCGAUUUUCAAAGUGAGUAA